GCAGCCGAAUAAGAGAUCAGUCUGUUUUAGAUGUUUCACAAUUCUCUACUAUAUUUUAACUAUAUUUCCUGUUAAACGUACUUAAUAGCAAAAUCAUCAGUUUAACCCUCGCUUUAUAUUCGUAGGAUUUUGAGGCGAUUUUCAGACACUAUCACAUCUAAGGAUGGCUUUGGUGCCAUAUGAUGAGAAUGUACUGCCUGCUCUGUCAAAGUUGCACCAGAAUUCAGCAGAAUUUAAUCUGGCCAAUCACAGGAUCAGACUCAGCCAGGACUGGAAUCGAUUGGGCGUCGCUGCUGUGGUUUGGGACGCAGCGGUGGUGCUGUGCAUGUUCCUGGAGAUGGGAAACAUUGAUCUAAAGGGCAAGAGUGUGAUUGAGCUAGGGGCUGGGACAGGUUUGGUUGGCAUUGUAGCUGCUCUGCUUGGAGCCAAUGUGACAAUUACAGAUCGAGAAACUGCGUUGGAAUUUCUUUCAGCUAAUGUGCGCGAGAACAUUCCUCCCAGCCAGCAGGGGGCAGUGCGCGUAUCCGAGCUCACCUGGGGGGAAAAUCUAGAACUCUACCCUCCAGGCAGCUAUGAGCUGGUCCUGGGAGCUGACAUUGUUUACCUGGAAGACACAUUCCCUGCCCUCUUAAAGACUCUAGAACACCUGAGCUCGGAGAACACAGUGGUGGUGUUGUCCUGUCGGAUUCGUUACGACCGAGAUGAAAGGUUCCUGAUGGAGUUACGGCAGAAGUUCUCAGUGGAAGAGGUCCAUUAUGACUCUCAAAGGGACAUUCAUAUUUAUAGAGCUGUGAAGAUCACGACCAAAACUGAACUGUAAAGAACCAUAGAGUGGACAUUCCUUUUAGUAAUUCAAACCAUUUUAAGCUUUAUAAUAUGAAUUGAAGUCAAUUUUGUGUUAGGCUUAAAAAGUUCUUUAUAUGCUAUUUAAAUGGCUCAUGAUGGGUUUUGCUGUAAAUUUUAGGCAGAUUACUAUUAGGACUGCAGGUGUCGCUGCCAUCCAGGACUGAAAUACUAAAAGUGUCCUCAAAAGGGUUGUUUACAUGCUGUUUUGCUUGUACUUACCUCCUUCUAUGUAUUUUCAUUACUUCCAGUUAUUUUUAAAAGCGAGUACUUGGGUUGCGAACUAAAUGGAUUGAUUUUGAAUCAGAUGUAGAAAUACAGAAAACACGAAAUAGUAAUAAAUAAUUACAUAAAUAAUAAAAUAAAUAUAUAUAUUUUUUUUUAAAUCAGUUGGCCUUUUAAGUAAAAAUAAAAAGGAUAAUAUAUAUAUAUAUAUAAUAUAUAAUAUAUUAUCCCCUUUUUUUCCCCAAAUUUUGGAAUGCCCAAUUCCCACUACUUACUAGGCCCUUGUGGUGGCACGGUUACUCACCUCAAUCCGGAUGGUGGAGGACAAGUCUCAGUUGCCUCCGCUUCUGAGACCAUCAAUCUGCGCAUCUUAUCACAUGGCUUGCUGUGCAUUACACUGCGGAGACUCACAGCAUGUGGAGCCUUAUGCUAGUCUCCGCGAUCCACACACAACUUGCCACGCGCCCCAUUGAGAGCGAGAUCCCCAAAUCGCGACCACGAGGAGGUUACCCCGUGUGUCUCUAUUCUCCCUAGCAACCGGGCCAAUUUGGUUGUUCAGGAGACCUGGCUGGAGUCACUCAGCACACCCUGGAUUUGAACUCGCGACUCCAGGGGUGGUAGUCAGCGUCAAUACUCGCUAAGCUACCCAGGCCCCCUACCUUCAUGUAUUUUUACUAAAACAUUUUUGUUUGUGAAUGAAGGUACAAAAACUACACUUAUUUUUUGGAAACCAGAUGAAUAUUGCAUCGUACUAAAUUAUUACUGUGGAACCCAGUCAAGUUUAUUAUUAUAAUAUAAUACUGAAUUAUUAUUAUUUUCAGGAUAAGAUUUUUUAAAGAUAAAUUAAUAUUAGGGCUGUCGAUUUAACACGUUAAUUUAGUGCGAUCAAUUAUAUAAAAAAUAACGCAUUAAAAAAAUUAACGCAAUGAAUCAUGUCCCCGGACCGUAAUAAGGAAUAUUCCUGAGCAAUUCAAUCUUGAAGUACCACCUGUUUUCUUCAGGGGGCAGUAAGCAAAACUGUAGCUCAAACAGAGAACAAACCACACUCACCAACAGCAGACAGCACAUCAACUUGUGUUCAAAACACAGCUCGAUGUAGCACAAAUCCGAACCUAAGGAUCUCAAGAUGUGUUUUUCUAAGUAUUAAACUACGUUUAAUUUGACACAGCGACCUAAAAACAAUAUGUUUAUGACGCGAUGCAACCAAAGUGAGACCAAAAGCGUCAAUCUGACGCAGGUGUACAUUGGCGCGUCCUUAGACAAGCCCUCAUAAUAAAUCUCUGACUGAUUGACAAAUUUAAUUGCAAAAUGGAUUGCUGUGAACUGUAGGGCAAUGAUUGGCUUAUGUUCAAUAAUAUGCAAAUAAACAAUAUAUUGGAUUUUAAAGCCACUUUUUGUAUUGUCUUAUCAAUGCUUAACUCCUCUGCCACAAUAAUGCAAUGCAUUUAUAUUUUUAUACAUUAUGCUGUGCAAAUUGUAUAUGUUCAAAUUGUGUGUUGCACACUGUUUAUGUACCACACUUUCACAAAAAAGAAGAUGAGACAAAGAGAAAGAGUGGAGGGAGGCUGAUAAAGGGAGUGUUUCUUUGCAAAGCUGGAUUCAAAACACCAGCAAGCAAGCAGGUGAAUCAAGUGAUGAAAAUAUAUAACAAAAGAUCCUGCACAGUGUGUCUCCAGGAAAGUAUUUUUCCUCAAAAUCAUUUGCUAUGGGAGGAAGUUAUGUGUAAAUUUGUGUUUGCAAGUAAAGCAUAAUUU